CCUUACAACAUGUUAAGUCUAUCUGAAACACUGGAUAAGAUAUCCCCUCAUACUCGCCCACACCCUUCUGUCACGGUUGCUAUCCUAGACACUGGGAUUCUGGCUUGUCACGGAGAAUUCAAAGAUAAAAUAGUUGCUAUGAAGAAUUUCGUGCCAAACGAAGCAGUCGACCUUUGCUAUGACUCCAACGGUCACGGGACAAGCUGUGCCGGUAUCGUUCUCCGAACUACCCCUUUUGUACGCUUGGUGGUCUGUAAAGUAGUAAGCUGCCGAGGUACGGGACAGCUAAAAUGGGCGGCAGACGCCAUAGAUUGGUUGUUGAAGGACGAGACCGGCCCCAAGAACUACUGCCCCGUUGACAUUAUCUCCAUGUCGUUCGGUUGCAUUUCCUUUGAUUCCGACUUUAGACGGGCAGUUUCCGAAGCGGUCGCUUGUGGCAAAGUAGUUGUCGCUGCCGCGAGUAACGACGGGAGAAAGAGACUCACGAACAUCGCCUUUCCCGCGAGAUUUGGGGACGUGAUCUGUGUGGGAAGCUGCAACAAUCUGGGCCAGCCGUCUUCCUUCACCCCGACUGGACGUGAGAUAGACUUUCUUGCACCAGGGGAAGAUAUACAGGCUCCAAGUUCUGCCGGUUUUGACCAAUUCCGAAACAUGUCCGGAACAUCAGAGGCGACACCAACAGUUGCUGGCAUCGCAGCCAUGGUGAUCUCCUAUGCUGAAACUAUAGGUGGCCAAGAGAUGCGUUCCGCCGUCAGCCACACAGCUGUCAUGCGAGAGAUUCUCCGCAAGAUGGCGUCCAUGCCUGGGCACCAUGACGAGCACAUGGGGUACGGUAACCUGGACCCCAUGCGGCUGUUCAAGUACGGACCGGACCACUUCCGGCAGGUGGUGGAGGAGAUCGUCGGGCCGCUUCCUGCCGAGGCACAGUCACAACAACCUGUAAACACACGGAAACGGAAACGGAGAGCAAGUGACUCGGAAGUUCAGGAGAUGAAGGCUUGUAGUCAUUGAAACUAAAAAAAGCAAACUAACACAAAACAGCUUUUGCAUUUGUAGUUAGGGUAUAAAAGACCAGUUUCUCACAGAUCAUUUCAGUGGCGCUGAAAACGAUAGUGUAUGCUCUCUGAAACGUCUGGCCGUUUUCAAAAUCAUAUCCAGUUGCUUUCAAUGUGUAACUGCUUUUGGGCAUAUCUUAUUACCUGAAUGCCUAAUCUUCAUCGAAGUAACUUGAACGGUAAAUUAGCACAAUCCUUACAAUUGAGCAAGAUAGAAAGAGUUAACUCUACUAUUGGCUAUAUACCAUGUGUAAAUGUCAACUGUAAGAGGCGUUUUCUAAGCAACUAGAGUUAAGCACAAACAGGUUGGCCCCGACGUACCAAAAUUUCCUUGAGGAGGCCACACUAGCCUCGUUAGCUCCAAGUACGGUCAAAGGGCAAAGUUGUACCGUGUAUCGACAGUCAGAGGCACAUGCUGCAUAUUUUAAAUGCAGAUUAAGUCAUCGUUGUAUGUAAUGUAUUCAUACAUCUAUGGGGAUUUUAACGAUAUUACAUAGUUCUGUGGAAAUAUGAUAUACUUGCCAGGCAAGGCACUACACUGUGUACAGAUGUCAUAUUCAUUAAAGCUUUUCCUCUUA